ACGUCAUCGGAAGACAUAGCCAGCGUGGAAGGAGUCCAUGGCUGGAGGUGCAUCUUGGGCUUGUCUGAGGAUCUGAACGGGGAUUGUUUGCGCUGUGUAGUGAUUGAUAUUGAUAUAUAAGGUUUGUUAUGAUGGAGGGGCUGCAGCCAGGGCAGCUGUUAUGUUGGCUGGGCGCUCUGACUGCGGCUUGGCUGUCGGCCCGCGCUUUCUACCGCCUGCUCUCCGGCCUCCGGGUUUGGAUCGGGGGGAACGGAUCCCUGAUCAGCGCCUCCAGACUCGGCACAUGGGCAGUUGUAACUGGGGCCACAGAUGGAAUCGGGAAAGCCUACGCGGAGGAGCUUGCUCGCCGAGGCUUUUCCAUCGUCCUCAUAAGUCGUACUCAGGAGAAACUCGACGAGGUGGCCCAAGCCAUUGAGAGCAAGUACAAUGUCAAAACCAAAACCAUCUCUGCAGACUUUGGAUCUGUGGACAUCUAUUCCAAGAUUGAGUCUGGACUGGAUGGACUUGAAAUAGGAGUCCUAGUCAACAAUGUUGGAGUCUCCUACUCUUACCCUGAGUUUUUCCUCAAUGUACCAAAUCUUGAUGAUUUAAUCACGAAGAUGAUCAACAUCAACAUCGCCUCAGUUUGCCAGAUGACUCGACUAGUGCUGCCUAGGAUGGUUGAGAGGUCUAAAGGUGUGAUCUUGAACAUUGCUUCUGCGAGUGGCAUGUACCCGGUUCCUCUCCUCACUCUCUACUCGUCUUCUAAGGCUUUUGUGGACUUCUUCUCUCGUGGACUUGAUGCUGAGUACAAGAACAAAGGCGUCAUCAUCCAGAGCGUGCUGCCCUUUUAUGUGACGACCAAGCUGAGCAAGAUCAAAAGAGCUUCUCUGGACAUUCCCACCCCUGAGCGCUAUGUAGCAGCCCAGCUGAACACCGUGGGUCUUCAGAGCCAGACUAAUGGAUACCUGCCGCACGCCAUUAUGGGUUGGGCGAUCUCUGCUCUGCUCCCCGCAAGACUGCUUACCAAGAUCUUUAUGAACAUGGGCCUAUCACAGCGCGCACGUUUCUUGAAGAAACAGAAGCAGGGUUAGAAAAGGUGGAACAAGAGGAUGGAUGGAUGGAUGGAUGGAUGGAUGCAGAAGAGCAUAAAUGAUGGACCAACCUCUAAUUCCAUAAAACUCCUUUUCCUUUCAUUGUUCAAUACCAGGAGCAGUCUCCCUACACUUCUCCUAAAAGGAUUGCUUCUUUGUGGUGGUUUCAGCCCUACAGACAAGGCCCCAUCACUUCAGUGCUAACAAAUCUAAAUUUGACAGAUUUAGUGAUACAUUUCUGACUAACUUUUACUAAUAGUAGAACACUUCAGACCGAAAUGCUUAGUUUGACCUUUUACUUAGUUUACUUAAUACUAAGUACUUAGUAUUAACGUUAAUGCUUGAAUAUUAAGCAUAAAGCUUUAUUUUCUGGGCACAAAUUAAGUCUCAUUUGGGAGUAAAUUAAAACGCUGGUCCUCCACAGAUUAGGUGUGCUGCAGCUGGAAAAACCCCUAUGCUGCAGAGCUCGGUCAAAAAAUCCUGACCUAGAUUCAGACUUAAAUUGUCUCCAGGGAAUUGCCCUUUAAAUUCUAGUUCGGCUCCCUGACCAGUUUUAUUUUAAUGACUGUUCUAGACAUGGAUGAAACAUAAGGUACAGUGCUGUGCAAAAGUCAGAGACCAACCAGUCAUUUAGUGCAUUUACAUGCACUCAGUAAUCCAGUCAUAAUCUGAUUUCUGCACUGAUUAUUCAAGUGGUCAUGUAAAGAGCACACACUUUUUUCUUAGAUCAGAGUAUGAGCUAGAAAUCUGAUACAGGCUGGAGUUUAGCUUAGUAAUCAGAUUUCUCAGUGCGUUUAUACUCUUAUGCUGAUUUCUUUCUGAUUUCUCGGUCUGUGUAUUUGCAAAAAUUGACCUAUUGUCCUAUUCAAAUAUUCUUUGUCUUCUAGAUGAUGUAUGUUCAUGUUUUCACAUGAAGUGGUGCAAUGUUUUAAAAAAAAAAAAAAAGGUAUGAAGUCGGAGUUUUGCAUUACAUUUAUAUCACGUCAUCUUCUGUGAGUUUAUUGGCUGGUUGCAAAGCAGAAAUCUGAUUACUGCCUGACUCCUGUAGACCCGGAGUUUUCCCCCCAUUAUCUCAUUACCCAAGUGCAUUUAAAGGCACUCAUGAAGUACAAACCUCAACUAAUAAAUAAAUAAAUAAAUAUAUUUUUAUUUUUUAAUAUAAAAAUUAUAUUUAAAAAAUGAGGUCCAUAGUUCUUUCACCCUUUGACUUCCAUUAGACGUUGGUUGCAUUUUCCGCUUGUCGUAUGUAAUCUCCACAGAUGAACCUUCUGAAAAAAUUUAAUAACUUGUACUUAAUAGCAGCCUUGAAUGAAAAAUAAAUGAAAGGUAGUGUCUGACUUUUGCACAGUACUGUGCACAUUUACAAAGCUGUCAUUCAUCUUUCAUCAUUCAUUCCCCAGUGACUUUUCUGUGAGCGCUGUAGAUUAGAGGUCUUCAAAUCCGGACACGAAAUCCAGUUUCUAGUCUUGGAUUUUGUAAUUACUGGUAGUUAAUUGAACCUGAUGUACCUGGUUGGCCGCAUAGAGUACAUUUAUUACUAAAUCUGGAUUCAAGGUCUGCUUUUUGAAGACCUCAGCUAUAGAUAAUAUUCCGAAGCUGAGAAAAGGUCCUUUGAAUCAGUUUUUUAAAGGUUUUUACUGUAUGUUUAAUAUUUGUGACUUUGGUCCAAAUUUCUGUUCUUAGAUUGACGGCGGUUUUUAUGAGCUGCAAGUCCUGCAUUUAGAAUGCAUUAUAGAUUGCAUUGGCUCUAUGCACGAGUGCCCUGUAAACUCUUAGGGGCAUUUAUAUAAAAUUGAUAUGGGAUGAAUUUGCACUGCACUAAGAGAGGUUGUCUGUUUAUUGUAUAUGCGAUUAUUAAUUUAGUAUAAUUGUCUGAUGACAGUACUGCUGAAGCAGUGAGGUGAGGAGGCAGUUGAGUAGGUUUGGAUAAGAGAACUGUUGUUUUUGCUAGUUAUAGUACAUUCCCUAAAACAUUGCCUCCUGUCAACCAGCUAGUGUCAGAUUGUUAUAAAAAAACACAUUUAUUUUCAGCCUGAUUUGUGUUUCCAGUGUCUUCAAUUGGAUUGGGCAGUGAGAACAACCGCAGCACUUGAGCAGUCAGUGGAUGAAACGGAGUGUGAUCUGAUGUCUGUUAUGUGAAUUUCAGACUUACUUGGCUUACAACAAUAAACGGAAUGCUUUCUCAUA